CCUCCAGAAAGAGAAAAGGAGGCGGGCAUCUCUUGUGGCCCUGUGGCCAGUGCAUGAGCCAGGCGGGGGGGGGGGGGUGCCUAACACACAGCCACUUCCUGUGGCUGCAGUAUCACCCUUCUGUCGGACCGGCUGGCAGUCCUCUGGGAAUCCCACAUGUGACUUGGUCCGCCUACAUGCUGCAGACUGCCAGACAAUGACAAUGUGAGGUGGAUGCCAACUGAUUACGAGCUGCAGCCACUCCACAAAGAUAAUCUUUGAGCUGGGCCAAAGACUCCUUCUGGACGCUGUUCAGGCCUGAUUCUCGGUGACACCCCAGGGUCUGAAGUGCCUGGAUGCCAGAGACAAACAUGCUGGAGAAAUUAACCCACAAACUUGCCAUCAAGAAUGAAAUGAUCCGAGAGGGCCUGGCAGAGGCCUUGUCAACUUUCCUCUUAAUGCUCUUCGGCAACGGCUCUGUUGCCCAGGCGGUGCUGGGAAGGCAAAACUUUGGGACAUUUCUGAGCAUCAACUUGGGGUAUGGAUUUGGUGUCAUGAUGGGCAUCCACGCAGCUGGUGGAAUCUCAGGUGCUCACAUGAACGCAGCGAUAACAUCUGCAAAUUGUGUAGUUGGCAAUUUACCAUGGCGCAAGCUUCCGGCGUACGUGAUCGGCCAGUUCCUGGGAUCCUUCAUUGCAUCUGCCACUGUUUUCUUAAUGUACUAUGAUGCUCUGAUGGAUUAUGCUGGAGGAAACCUGACCGUCACAGGGCCGACUGCCACUGCUGGGAUCUUCGCCACCUACCCGGCUCCAUACAUGUCUCUGUGGAGAGGGUUUCUCCAUGAGUUCAUCUCCACUGCUGUGCUUGUGAUUGGCAUCCUGGCUAUUCAUGACAAGAGGAAUGCAGCUGCUCUGCCGGGCACCAAUGCCUUGACCAUCGGGCUCCUGGUCGCAGGGAUUGGCAUGUCAAUGGGAAUGAACACCGGCUACGCCAUCAACCCUUCCCGGGAUUUGCCACCAAGGAUCUUCACAGCUUUGGCUGGCUGGGGCCUGGAAGUCUUCACAGCGGGAAACUGCUGGUGGUGGGUCCCAGUUGUGGCACCUAUACUUGGGAGCGUCGUGGGAAUCUUCAUCUACAACAUCUUUAUCGACUUCCACAAUCGCCCUUUGAUGGAACCUGACAGCGGCAACGAGAAAGGGAAGCAAAACGUGGAGUUGGUGGUGUCCACUGAACUCCAAAAUCGUAUGUGAUACCAGACAACAGGAUACUGCAACCAACAGCUCCGCUUCUGAUUUUAUCAGGCCACACGUGGACAUUUGCACACUCAAGGAGGGUAUUUAUGUGUAUUUGCACACUCGAAAUAAAGAAAGGCAAGGGGAAAUGUGUCUGUCAGGGAAGAAAAGUUGCAGUCAAGUGUUUUUAUACGAUCAUUUUACUAACGGGGUGAACCCUACCUGGACCCUACCACUGUACUGAGCAAGAUUUGUUCAUUUAUUUAUUAAAAUAUUUAUACCCACCUUUCCUUUUGGCUCGAGUUUGAAGACUUCCUACAAUCUAAGCAGCCUUCCUCCAACUUAGUGCCUCUUCCAUUGGAGGAAAAGCCACUUAAGCUAGAGGAAGGCCUAGUUAGAGGAUCCACUCCAGUGAGUCACAUGGGGACGUGCUUCUCCUCCUCCGCUGUUGCCAAAUGACUCAAGGGUUUUGAGUCUCAAGUCCCUUUAAGUAAGCUGGAUACCACGAGAGAGGCUGAUACGUGUCUUCAAAAACCAGCCAUUCUAUUUGAUGCAGCCACCGCUUGAUGUCUCAUAGUGGCAGCUGGGGUCCCGUGCGGCCAAGCAUCUUUUUGCCAAUAUACGGGCAGGGAUACCAUC